AUGACUUAUGUAGUUGACAUUAAAAAUUUAAUGUCACCUGACCAAAGUUAUCGUAUAGUUCCGAAAUUAAGCAACACUUUUUGUAUAAAGAUGCUUAAUUUCGGUGUUUCGUCUGACUUGGAUUAUUUUUCGAAAGGAUUAAGACAUCUAAUUGAUCCUAAUGUCAAACAAGAAGUCAAAUCCAAGCACAUUAUCAAACUAUUUUAUGGCUUUGGUAAUUUAUUAGAAUUGCCGUAUUUUUUUGCAGAAAGUUUAGUCAGCUCUUGCGAGAGUUAG